AUGAAAAAUUUUAAUUUUAAUUUUAAAUUUUUUUGGAAAAAACAUUUGACAGGGUGUCAUAUAACUGAACCAUAAGACAAUUCUUUCAAAGCUAUGGAUGAUUUGAUGGAAGCCCAUUUUUUCUUGGAAAAAAAACCACUGAUAAUCUGCUGUCUAGCCAACAGCAGCAGCUGGUAACAUCGUAAAAGAAGUUUAUUGAUCUUUUUGAACAUCGUACACAUACAGCGUAUAAAUAAAUAUAACCGAUUAAUAUCAUCUCCACCAAACAUCAUUGUUGUCAUCUUGAUCGAUGUUGCAGAGAGAAAAAAUCAGUUUUUUUUUCUCUCCAUUCAACACGACAAAGUGAUACGAUUGAUUGAAAGAAAAAGAGAUUUAAUGUGCGCGAAUUUUUGAAAAUGAUGAAAAUGAUUCAAAAAUUGUUUCAAAUAUUCAUAUUGAUCAUUGCCUAUAAUCGAAUGAUCACUAUUCAUACACUUUCGUGUAUGAAUGAAAAAGGCCAUCCAGUGGAUUCAUUUAUUGGUUACAAAGUGCCAAAAUUGGAAAAAUCAAAUGAUUCAUUGGUGCGUAAUGGAUUACAAUAUUUAUAUGUGAUACCAUCAUCAUCAUCAUCAUCAACAUCAAGAUCAUGGACAUUUGGACAGCGAUCAUUGAAUGACAGUCGAUCAAUAUUGGGUGCAACAUUGAAAUCAAUUUUAAAAAAUGAAAAUAAUAAACAUUAUAAUUUGAUAUUUUAUAAUGAUCAAAAACCAUCAACACGAACACGAUCAUCAAGUACAGGUGCACAUGCAAAAGGUAUUCUGGCAAUGUAUGGAAAAACUGGAUUCUGGUUAUUACAUUCAAUACCACAAUUUCCAAUAGUAUCGGAUGAAUCAUAUGAAUAUCCCAAACGUUCAUUAAAUAAUGGCCAAUCAUUCAUAUGUAUUACAAUAUCAAUUGAUGACAGGCAAACAAUGGAAAAUGUUGCAAAACAUUUAUCAAUGAUGAGACCAAAUAUUUAUUCAAUUAAUUUGACGAAAAAUUUUCUUCGAAAAUAUCCAAUUUAUGAAGAAUUUGUGGAUAAAAAACGACAUAAAUCGAAUAGACGUCCAAAUCAAUUAAUUCAAACGAUUUCGUCAGCAAAUCAUUUGUCAUUUACCAUAUUUUCCAAGAAUCAUAAAUUCAAUCAUGAUAUCUAUGCCGAUCUGAUUGCCCAACAUUAUCAAGAUGAUUUUUUCGCUCAAUCAUGGCGUAAUGGUGCCGGAGAAGUUUUGCCAUCCGAUUGUACAUAUGGUUAUAAAAUUUUUAAUGUUAAUUCAAUAAAAAUUCGUGAUUCAAUACAAUGGCCAUAUCGUGAAGAUCAUGCUAAAUGGACCAUUUCGGUGGAUCAUAAAAGACGUCCAAUUGUAUGUUUAGUUGAUUUAAAUCGAAUGAGAUCACAAUUUAGCCGUGGUGGUGGUGCCAUUUGUCUGGAAUCAUCAGCCAAUCUGUGGAAUGUAUUCAAAUCAUCCAUUUAUGAUAUUGAAAGCUGUCCAGCAAACAAAGUACGUUUUCCAUCAUUAGAUUGGCUUUCAUCAUUACCACAACGAGCGUGGAGAAAAAUCGAUGAUGUUAAACAAAAAUGUGGACUAAAAAAAUCAAAGAAAAAAGAAAAAUAAAAUUUUCAAAGAAAAAAAAUUUGAAUUUCGAAUUCUAUUGCCACACCAAUGGCUCAUCUAGGUAGCGCGUUCAAUUUCAUAAAAAUAGGCGCUGUUUUUGUUC